UUCAUUGAUAGUUCUUGAGAAUGGUAUGCCGCUAGUUAGUUUGAUUUGGUGACUAUAAUUAAUUUGUAACACGACGUCGUUUGUGCGCCAAGAAUUAUAGACAUAAUGUAACCAGGUUUUACAACUUGGUUAUAUAUAAUUAACCGUUCGUAAACCAGAUAUAAAUGUUGAUUUAACUUAAUUAGUAUCUUUUUAAUUGUACCCCAGACUUUUAGUUUGUUACGUAAGUUCUAUCAACACUUAUUAAUACGUAACCCAGUACUGGGCGAUUUAGCUAGGACCUUCGUGGGCAAAUAACCUUUCUAAAUUAAAAUAUGGAGAUAUCAGUACAUCUUUUGAAUAACGAAACAUCAGAGCUGGAAAAUAAACCUGAGAACAAAAACAUGUGCAAACGUGGUUGUGGCUUCUAUGGAAGUGUUCGAUUCAAAGAUAUGUGUUCCAAAUGUUAUCAGGAGCAUAUUAAAUGUAGUUCUACCUUGGAGCAAGCUACACUUGUUCAUUCCACUUCAAUUGAUAUACCAGACAAUCGAAAGUCACAGCUCUUAGAUUGCUGUGAACACUCUCCCAAAGAUUCCACUUCAAAUCAGUCAGACCCUACAACAUCUUCCCAAUUAUCUCGUGCGCUUAAACGAAAGGCAAAUCCCUCAGUCUCUGCAGAAACUUCCAAAGCCGACUCAUCAGCUUCCCGUCCCGUUCUUGGCGUCAAUCGUUGCACUUGGUGUCGCAAGCGUGUUGGACUGACAGGUUUCGCUUGCCGCUGCGAUGGACUGUUCUGCUCAUUACAUCGAUAUUCCGAUCAGCACGAGUGUGCUUAUGAUUAUCAAGCAAAUGGUCGUCUUGAACUAGCUCGCGCCAAUCCAGAAGUACGUUGUCCCAAAAUUCGAAAACUGUGA